CCUUUUCCAACGAACAUGGCGACAGCAGCGGCGGCGGCGGCGGCGGCCGGGAAGACAGGGGCAGUCGAUGCGCCAGGCCAAGUGCGUAGUCUAAAAGCCGAGGCGAAGAGGCCUUCGACGGCCGUCUUUCUCAUCCUGUCCCUUGUCUUCCACCUGCUCUAUACGACAUCGAUCUUUGACAUCUACUUCACCUCGCCCGUCGUGCACCCUGCCAGGCGCUUCUCGCGAAACGACACUUACAUUGGUGAUUCCGCCUACUUUGCCCAGAGUGCGCCUCCGCCCGACGCCAAGCGCCUCGUGCUCAUCGUCGGCGACGGGCUGCGAGCAGACACGCUCUUCAAGGAGCACUCGCCGCAGCUGUGGCCUCCAUGGGCCAAGGAGCGCAAGUCUAGCGAAAGUGAAGAGGGAGAGGUAGAGGAUGAUGAAGAAGGGUCAUUUGUUGGGUCACUGUACUACAAGAAGGAUUGGUCCAAAGCGCAGCUGGGUUCAGAGCCGACGAAGACGGAGCCCUUCUAUGCUGCUCCCCAUCUCCGCGACAUUGCCCUCGAGCGAGGCGCCUGGGGCAUCAGCCACACCCGCGUGCCCACUGAGAGCAGGCCUGGCCACGUUGCCCUCAUCGCAGGCAUGUACGAGGAUGUGAGCGCCGUCACAAAAGGAUGGAAGUUGAAUCCCGUCUCGUUUGAUUCCCUCUUCAACCAGUCGACCCACACCUUCUCCUUCGGCUCGCCGGAUAUUCUGCCCAUGUUUGCCCAAGGUGCUUCUCCGAGGGACAAGGUCGAUGUCAGCACGUACGAUGAAAGUGCAGAGGAUUUCACCGCAGACGCCAGCGACCUGGAUCUCUGGGUGCUCGACAGGCUGACGGAGCUGCUGGACGAGGCAAGGGAGAACAAGACUUUGUCCAGCCAGCUCCGCGCGCCCGGCACAGUCUUUUUCCUCCAUCUGCUCGGCCUCGACACAACAGGGCAUACUUACCGUCCCCAUUCGAGCGAAUACGUGGGCAACCUCAUGGUUGUCGACUCCAUCGUUCAGCGCGUCGAGACGCUGAUGACCGAUUUCUUUGAGGAAGACGACGGAGAGGAGAGCAAGACGGCCUAUGUCUUUACGGCCGACCAUGGCAUGAGCAACAAGGGAAACCACGGCGAUGGCGAGCCAGAUAACACCAGGACUCCUCUCGUGGCAUGGGGGGCUGGCGUGCGUGGACCGGCCCUGGUCGAGGGCGACGAGCAGGCCUGGCGCGCUGAGCAGAAGGAGAAGGACGCAUACUUUCGCAGCUGGGGAGAAGACCUGGACGGCAUCUGGAGAGAAGACGUUCGCCAGGCUGAUAUCACUCCUCUGAUGGCUACGCUUCUCAAUGUGCCCAUGCCGGCCAAUUCGGAGGGAAUCUUGCCCCUAAAUUACCUCGAAGCGUCUGACGAGGUUGGCGUCCGGGCGAGCCUGGCAAACGCGAUGGAGAUCCUUGAAAUGUACAGGGUCAAGGACGAGUAUCGCAGGAAGAGGAUGCUGCGCUACGUCCCUUUUCCUGAGUUUCCCACUGCGCCGUCAGGCAAGCUACCGGGAGAGGUAGAGGUGACGCGCAUCAAACACUUGAUCAAUCUCGACCAACUGCCGAAGGCGCUCCGCCAGAUCAGGCAGCUCGUCGACGUGUCACUCCGAGGAGCGACAUACCUUCAGACCUACGACUGGCUGCUCCUUGUCGCAGUCGUCAGCACUGGUUAUCUUGGUUCGAUGAUCUACGGCAUCAUUUUCCUUUUGCACCGCUAUGUUCUCAAGGAUCAAGCCCUUGCUCAGCUCCCUGCUCGGUCCGGUCCGCUCGGCCUGGGUAACAUCCUCGCUGUUCCUGUUGGCGCAACUUUCACCGCCAAGUUCGUCGCUGAGGAGGCGCCGCUGACCUAUUACCUGUACGUUGCGUUUGCCAUCUUCUUCUGGGCUCGCAUCAUCAAUCAGCGCCAGGUCAUAGUCAUCGCUUUUCGCUCUGCCCUCGAUUCGAAAGACGUCGACGACAAAGGUUCCCCUGCGGCUUCGCUCUUCAUCUCGAUCGCCCAGCGACUUAUACUGGCGCUUGCUGCCCUCGAGCUCAUGGCCUAUGGCUAUCUCGAGCGGCUGGCAUGGUCAUUUGGCUUUGCCAUGCUCGCCCUCGCCUGGCCUGCUCUCUUCAUGGACGCCGAGGUCAGGACGCGACACGAGGGUUUACUCCUCCUCUGGACGCUUUGUUGCAUUGUGACGGGCCACUUUACCAUUGGUGGCGUCGACAAGGAGGAGAGCGUGGUCCUGCUCGUCUUGUCCGGCGUAAUCUUUUUCACCGCGGGCGUGACAAUUGUCGCCUUCCCGUCCAACUUCUUUUCUCGCAAUGGCGGCAGCGGCAACUUGUCUCGAACAUUAAACGUGCUCAAAGGUCAGCUGCUUGUCCUCGUCGUAUCAACCAUCGUAACGGCAUCGUCCUCGAGGGAGCUACAGGCGAAGCGUGGCCUUCCCCUUCUCAACCAGAUCAUCGCCUGGCUUAUUCUCUUCGUCUGCCUCACCGUGCCCUUUGCCUAUGGCUUCUCGGCUUCCUCUGCUAUCAAUGUUCGCAAGUCGCCCUCGCAAAGGAUGGCCAUCAUCGUCUUUGCGUUCGCACCCGUCUUCGUCCUCCUGUCGAUCCGCGAUGAAGCCCUGUUCUUCGGCAGCUACGUCUUGACCCUCCUCAUCUGGGCCAAGCUCGAGGCGUCCUUGUACGAAGAGAGGCUCGUCGCCAAGCGCACGGCAGAGGGGAAAGUCGAUGCGCUCACCAGUCGCGUAUUCGAUCGGAGAAAACUGGAAAAGGAGGACGUAAGGCUGGCCUUGACCUUCCUUUUCAUGCUCCACUUUGGCUUCUUUGGCACCGGCAAUGUCGCUUCGAUCUCGAGCUUCUAUCUCUCACCAGUCUACCGUCUUGUGCCCGUCUUUUCGCCCUUUCUUAUGGCAGCCCUGCUCCUACUCAAGAUCCUCGUUCCGUUCAUCCUUCUCGGAAGCGUCAUGCAGCUCCUUUGCCUAUCGCCUCCGCACCCCCGUGCUUCGAUGCAGGCGAUCCCGGCCGUCAAGACGGGCAAGUAUCUCGGCGGCCCUCCCCUGCUCGGAGACGGAGCCGUCGGGGGCUUGGGUCUGGAGGGCGACGGAUUUCCGCCCGUCUUGCUUGCUUGCAUCGCAGCCGAUGUGCUCGCACUCAACUUUCUCUUCAGCGUCUCGACCGAAGGCAGCUGGUUGGAGAUCGGAAGGACAAUCACGCACUUUGUCAUGGCCAACAUGCUGCAGGUCUUUAUGCUGGCCAUUGCUGCAGGCGCCAAGCGCGUCGUCGGGGGGUCACCCUCCCACUCGACUGAGGCCGUGAGAAAAGACACAUAGAGGAGGAGGAAGCUGACAAUCAUGGACAGUAUUUCUCUUGAUGGGAUUGAUAC